UUCAAUGGCUCGCGGUUGUUGUUCAUAUUAUUUGUAAUAGCUAUAAGAUAAUAGAACGCGAGAGUAUCGUUGAACUUGGACGUCUUGCAAUCUUUGUGUUGGAAUUUUAUUGCGAUGGCUGAAAAUCGGGACGCGAUACUAGCUGACUUUCAGGCUUGUACUGGAAUUGAUGAUUUCGGAGAAGCAAUUUUAUAUUUGGAACAAACAAAUUGGGAUUUGUUGGCUGCGAUAAAUAAGGCCAUGCCCCAAACUACUCAGCAGCUUCCUUCUGAAAUGGCUCCUGAUAUAGAAAUGGUAGAAGAAAUUAAAGUAACACCACUUUCAUCGUCAUCGUCAUCAAAGUUACAAACAGUGCAGAACUCGAAAAAGACAGGAGCCAUGAAAGCAGACAUAGUAGAAAGUGCAAAACCUGGGACAAGUAGACCUAAAAGUUGCAUGAAGAAUAGACAACUUACAUUCCACAUUAACUAUCUCGAUAACGUUUAUAAAAUAAAUUUAUCAGAUUUAUCCACUUUGAGAGAUCUUAAGCAAUUUAUAUGGUGUAAAACAACUGUACCACCUUGUCAACAGAAACUUUAUGGAUGGAAAAAAGAAUUUGCGAAUAUGACACCGAAUACCGUGCUGCAGACGUUAGAUCUUCCUAGAGAAAAUACUUUAUAUCUACAGUCAUCUUUGCCACAAGAUGGUGACUUGGCUAAUGAGGCCGUCAUUCUGUCAUCAGAUCGUAUGACUCAGACAUAUACAUUAAACGUCAAAGACGAAGUGCAUAAUAAAACAUACAAGUUGAAGUUUCCUGGUACACGUACUGUGCUAGAAGUGAAGACGGACAUCUACUCGUUAAUAGAUGUACCUGUACGAAAUCAACAGUGGAAGGGUUGGCCUAGUUCGUUGAAGGAUGAUAAUGUAAUACUGGCGCAAAGUGGUAUAUGUUAUCCGGAGCAUGAUUUAUCCGUCGGAAAACUUCCAGCGAAGGAAGAAAAGAAGAAAGUCGUAGAUCUAAUUGACAGCGAUAGUUCAAUAGAUGAACCAGAAGAUGUGGAAGAAUUUGAUGUUCCAGAAGAAUUUACUGGCGACGAUGAUAUUUUCAUAGACGAUGUUAAACCCACUAAAAUAGAACGUCUCAUGCCAGAAAAUGUAGUAGAUGAAGUGAUGGGUACGUUACAUUUUGCGGAGCAAUUUGAAAAGCGAUACGGACCGGCACAUCCGGAAUUUUUUACUGGUACAUUCGAAGAUGCACUGAAAGAAUCGUGUCUAAAACCAGCGAAAGAGAGAAAAUUAUUGGCUGUAUAUUUGCACCACGAUAACAGUGUUUUAGCAAACGUCUUUUGUACUCAACUGUUAGGCUUCGAAACGGUGCUUCAACUUCUUUCGGCAAAUUUUAUAGUAUGGGGUUGGGACAUCACAUAUGAAUCUAACAAAGAAAGAUUUUUGUAUUCUGUGACUCAAACCCUUGGUACUGUUGGUUCAUUGGCUGUGUCGAGCAUAGAUGUUGAUACCUUGCCAGUUCUUAUGAUUAUUAUGAGAUCUAGAUCUAAUACAGAGAUAUUUACUAUCGUUCAUGGCAAUGUAGGUGUUAAUGAGUUACUAACGAAUUUGGUACAAGCCGUCGAUGUGUUCCAAGAACAAAGACGAGCUGAUAUUGGUGUUGAAGAAGAACGACAAGCUAGAGAAAGAGUCAAACAAGAACAAGAUAGAGCAUAUCAAGAAAGUUUGGCAGCUGAUAGAGCAAAAGAAGAAGCGAAACAGAUGCAAGAGGAACUCGAAAAGAAAAAGAAAGAGCAGGCUGAAAAUGAAAGAUUAGCUGAGAAAGCGAGAAAAGAAGCUCAUAGGCAAGCUGUAGAAUCUAGUUUACCACCUGAACCGCAACAGGGAGCAGGCGAUGGCGUAAUGAAAGUAAGAGUACGGCUUCCAGCAGGAAAAUUCCUGGAACGUAAAUUUCAAUCAGAUACGCCAUUACAAACGCUCUUUAAUUUCCUUAUUGUGGAAGGUUAUCCUACAGAAGAAUAUAAGCUCCUAUCUAGUUGGCCUCGAAGGGAUGUAAGUAGAUGAUUUAACAUCCAUGGAUUCAAAGCUCACUUUGAUGGAUCUGAAAUUCUGUCCCCAGGAAACAGUAAUUUUAGAGGAACGAUAAAAAUAAUACGUGUAAUUAAAUUCAAAUGUAGAAAUUAAGUGUCGCGAAUAUUCUUCAAGAAUGUAUUUAUUUAACAACUUCGAGAUAGCGAUUAUUGAGUCCUGUUUAUCUUGCGACUAUAUACAUUUUUACGCUGAAUUUCUUGUACGAUGAAGUCGUAUGUAACGCCCUCCGCGUGAAUACAAUUUUUAUUUUAUAAAAAAAGAAAAAGUUCGUUCCAUGCGUACGUAUAUUAUACAUUUUAAAUUUCCAGGAAUAAAUUGUGUUUCGAACGAAUUCAAUUUCGAAUAAAAACUGCCUUUGCUUAUUAUGA